UUCUUGUCACACUCUUCAAUUUUGCCCCGAGACUGAAAAAAGCCCGGAAAUGGCGUCGGCGCCGGUGCUCACACUUCCCAAAGACCUCACGGCAGACGUCCCGUCGUCCGACAUUUGCCAAGCCUUUGAGAACCUAAAGCGGCAGCACGCUGCGAUCCACGACAAGCGCAUCCAGCUCUCGCGAAGCCUCGAGGCCGACCACGCCAACGACGGCGACCGCGCCCGGCGGCCCAGCGACGAAUACAACGAGCUCUUUGAGGGCAGUGGCGGCGGCGCCUCCAAUUCGUAGACAGAGGCAGUGCGCUCAUCUAUUUAAUAUACUGUCCGCCGUACGGACCUAUUGUCGUCGUC